GCUGUGCAGCACUUUUCCUCUUGCACAGCGAUACUGAACUCGCUUCGAGCACCUCUGGGCCUUCUGUGCUCCCUGUGGUGUUUCGGCUCCAGUAGCGUCCUAGAAAAAGAUCGCGUGGUUGACGGCGCAAGCCUCCUGCGCGGUCCUGCUUCAUAUUCCUUGUCGUGGCAGGUGCGCAUACUUGGAUUCUUGCACAGCAUCUCUGCUGUUGCGAAAAGCCAUUGCGUAGGGUCGCUCUGCGGCCAAACUGCCGGGUCAAACCAUGGAGCUG